CAUGUAGCUAAAAUUUCCUUUGAAAAUCACGGACUUAUUCUCGUCUCUUUUCACUCAUCCCCGCCGGCGCAGCCACAGAAGCGUCUCACUCACCGCUCAGUGUCAGUCUGUCUUUCUGUUCUGACCCAAGCCCUCUCUUGCCUUCAAGCCAGGAAAUCAGGUCAGCAUUUAUUUGUAGGAGCUAUGAUUAGAUUGUUUAAAGUUAAAGAAAAGCAGAGAGAACUUGCUGAAAAUUCAAACGGCGGAUCACCUCUCAAAAAGCAAACUGCAGGGGAGUUGCGUUUACACAAAGAUAUUUCUGAGCUUAACCUACCCAAAUCUUGCUCCAUAACGUUUCCUAAUGGAAAAGAUGACCUGAUGAACUUCGAAGUUACAAUACGUCCCGAUGAAGGACAUUAUCUUGGUGGUACAUUUUUGUUCUCCUUCCAAGUUUCUCCUGUCUAUCCGCAUGAGGCACCGAAAGUUAAGUGCAAGACUAAGAUAUACCAUCCAAACAUUGACUUGGAAGGAAAUGUUUGCCUUAACAUCUUACGCGAAGACUGGAAGCCCGUGCUCAAUAUAAACACCAUAAUCUAUGGAUUAUAUCAUCUUUUCACUGAACCGAAUUACGAGGACCCACUAAAUCAUGAUGCUGCUGCAGUUUUGAGGGAUAGUCCAAAGUUGUUUGAGUCUAACGUGAGAAGGGCUAUGCAUGGUGGCUAUGUUGGGCAAACCCAUUUCCCACGGUGUAUCUAGUUUUUGCAAGGUAGCACAAAGUCCACUUAAAUUUCCAUCGUUUACAUAAUGUUUGAGAAUAAUUUUUCCUGAAAGAUCAUUUACAUUUUUGCUUAACCAAAGCUUUCCUAAUGUUACCG